GAGACAAGAGGAGUGGAAGAAGAAGAAAGCAACAGCAAAGCCAGGCAGACGGAGAGACCCCGCUCAGAUUGGUAUACGAGCAUUCAAGGGCUGGGAAAAUCCAAACAGGUUUAGGCGGCAAGAAUCAGUCAUGCGUCCCAGGUCCAGAUUACUGGCUAAACGCGGCCUUCCCACCAUCAGGGAGGGCUAUGAAGAGCUGGUGCAGGACCUGAACCAGACCAACAGCCAGCACACCACCACACAAGACUACUUCCUUUCUAUCUGCCAUCUGGCCCGGCCCACCUUUCCUCUGCAUGAGCCCGAUUGUGACAUCCUCUCCAUCGGCCCUUUGGAUUCUCCAAAGCCCUGCCUACGACUGCAACGCCUGCGUCAGCAUCUGCAGCCUCCGCAGCCCCACACCUCCACAAGCAGCGACCAGACUGUUGAACAAGCCCAUAAAGAGAAAGAGACCACCAGAUCUGCUCCGUCAGAACCGCUGCAGGCCCAGGCUGCCCCAGAGGAGGUCACUGGAUGCAGAGGUGACAUCCCAGGCCCCGCAGAUCCACUGGAGUACCUCUACAGCCACAGAGGUGUGCUAGCGCACUCCACCAGAAGGGGCAGCAUUCCCCCGCGCCGACCACGCAGCGACACCUUCCCAUGCUGUUCCUCGGCGCCUGAUGUCCAGCGGAAAAGCAGCUGCCCAGAGCUUUGUCUGCCUGAGACAGUCCCUGCGGUGACGGUCCUGCAGCGGUCACCGCUCAGCAGGAAGAAGCUGGAUGAAGGCAGCCUGGCUGCACGCAGUUGCACUCCAAACAAGCGCGACAGCACCCCUGCUGGUUGGAGGGGAAAGAGCAGUCGCUGCAUGGACAAACAGACUAUAGUGUCCCACUGGAUCUCAGAGUGCCGCAGCGCAUGGAAGGAAGCCCGCAUUCGCGCAUGCAUGCUGCCCGCCAUUGCCGAGAAGUAAUCUACGCCUGCGAAAAUCUCUUUCCAGUGAGGUUGAAUAUCACCUAGAGUAACGUGGAUUAUUGUGGAAUUAUGACUUUGCACUUCAGGUUUAUAUGCAUAUACAU